CGACGUCUCAUUCCGCACGAGACCAUCACGGCAUCCGGUUGAUAGAAGGGCGUCCGUGGGCGGCAGCAAGCAGCCAGCAGGGUGCGAUCGAUAUGGCGUCCAACUACAAGAUGAAAGGGUUCUUCAAGGGCUUCAAGAUCAUCUCCCAGAUCUUCGCGGCCAAGGAGCAGGAGAUGGUGAUCGGCCGGCCGACGGACGUGAAGCACGUCGCGCACAUCGGCUGGAGCAGCUCCACGCCGGGGACGCUCACGGGGAAUGCUUCUCCAAGCUGGAUGAAUGUCAUCGAGGGGUCGUCUGACUUCUCGUCCUUGGGCUACUUCGCGCCGUCCGCAGGGACGUCCUGGACUUCUCAAGACUUCGAGCAGCAGCACCAACUCCCACGGGACAUGUUGCCUCUCAAGAUAGCUUCAGAGAUCACCGGGGAAGACGUAGCGGCAGCUCCACGCCCUGAUGUUCCACGCCCGCCACCGAGAAAGACAAGGCGAAAGAAGAAAACAACGGUUGGCUCUCUAGUAGAUUCGUCAAUGCCAAAUGAUUCAUCUACAUCAGUCUCGAAGGCAGCAACAGCCGUUACCGAUACCAUUGACACCAGUGGCGUGAUGCAGUGACAGGCAAGGCUGCAAAGUGUGUUUGUAAGUGUGGGUGUGCGGUUCUAAAAAACUGAGAAUUGUAAAUGUAUUGAUUUCAUAGGUAGCUGAAUACAAUGGAUUGUUCUAAAAGCGUGCAUUUCUUUUUUUCUCUUAUGAUUAAUUCAUCUUCAUUUGUUA